CUGAAUAUUCUAUUAACUCGGGCCACAUUCCAUUUGACUUGUUCAUUUGAACUACCAUUUUGAUUUUGACAUCGACGUCACAUUUUUUUGUUAUAUGUUUUUGUAUGCCAUAGCAGUAUUUAAAAGAUCGAUAAAAUUUGACGAUAACAACGAUAAGCAAGAAGUCAACAAUUUAAAGUUAGUUCGAUAUCGUACAAUAAAGUCGACAUGGAUUUUAACGUUAAAAAAAUGGUAAAAGAUGCCGGAGCAGCGUUAAGUAGAGCAAUUCAGCUAACAGAAGAAAAGUUGGGCACAGCCGAAAAAACUGAAUUAGAUGGACAUUUCGAAAACCUUUGGACUAGAGCUGAGAAUACGAAAAAUUAUACUGAAAGAAUUGUAAAAAAUACUGAAGCUGUUUUAAUACCCAACCCAGGGAACAGAGUUGAAGAUUUUAUAUAUGAAAAAAUCGAAAAGAAACGGCCUUCAAGAUUGACCAAUUUAGAGUAUUUAGGAGUGGAUUUUGUAGAAGCUGGCAAUGCCUUGGGGCCUGGAACAGUUUAUGGCAGUUCUUUGAUUAAAGUAGGUCAAUGGGAACAGAAAUUGGGACAAACAGAGAGGGAUUUCAUUGGAUCAGCAGGAAUGUGCUUUACUCAACCUUUAAAGAAGUUUUUAGAGACUGAAAUGAAAACUAUUCUCAAAGAAAAGAAUCUGCUUGAACUCAAAAGAUUGGAUUUGGAUGCUUGCAAAAACAGAGUUAGAAAAGCAAGGAGUAUGCUAGGACAACCUGCUGCCGAAAGGGAACUAAGGAUUGCCCAGUCAGAGUUUGACAGACAAGCAGAGAUUACAAAAUUACUCUUAGAAGGAGUGAGUAGCAGCCACGCUGCUCAUUUAAGAUAUUUACAUGAAUUUGUAGAGACACAGGCGAGGUAUUAUUCUCAAUGUACAACCAUCAUGACAGAUCUACAGCGAGAACUGGCAAGUUUGUCCAGUAGUCUUCCAAAUCAAAAUAACACAAGCACAGACGAAGACAUGCAGAAAGCCAAAGUUCUCUACGAUUACGAAGCUAAAGAUAGCACAGAACUGAGCCUAAAAGCCAACGAGGUAAUGUUAGUACGAGACAUCCAAAAUUCAGACUACUAUAUGGGCAAAAACGGCAAAAAUAAUCAAGGUUUGGUGCCCAAAGCGUACCUAGAAGUACUUACUUAAUAAUGUUAAUACCUUAAACCUUCUGAAUGUACAUUUACGACGUUCUUCUUUUUCCAUCACUCUAUCUCGUUGUCUAUGUGUAUUAUAACUAUUACUGUGCAUUGAUUCAUUCCAUUUUUAUCCUUAUAGGUCAUUUUUUCGUAUUCUAAAUUUUGAAAUGAUAAUUUGGCGAUGCGUAGAUAAAUUUAGGUUGGUGACAGUUGUAUCAGUUGUCAAAUUAUUGUAUUUUGCAAAGGGAUUCUUAUGUGCGAGCUCGACACGUUACGUAUCGAAUGGAAAAAGACAUCACAUAAGAAUCGCAGUCUGUCGAAAGAAGAUAGGCGUCUCGAUACGUAUCGUAUCGAAAGAUGAGAAUCCUAAUGAUGAAUUCUGCAAAAACAAAUACUUGGGUGUACUUCUUUAGAUUAUUUUAGUUUGAACCGCACGUAGAUGAAAUAAAACUAGAAAUGAUCGAAUGUGAAGAGUCUAAACUUAAAUUACAUUUGAAUUUCUUGAUAAAAGAUAAUUGUGAUAUAUAUUUGAUAGUUUAUGUCAAUUGUCAAAUCGUAUAAGUGUCUAGUCUGCUUCGAAGAAUCUUUCAAUCAUUCCGUAUUAAUAAUUACUAAUAACUGCCAAAUAAUCAUAAUGUUGGGUUCUACAAUAAUUGCAGUUUUAUUUGACAUUUAGUGUCAACUGUCAAAUCAUUUAUAUUGUCUCCUGUAUUUUGCAGAUAAUUUACUUUGAAACUAGUGCAGUAGUAAAAAUUGUGACAUAUUUGAUAUUUACCUGUUACUGUGUCACUGUCAAAUCACAUAUUCUGGC